AUGACAGCCCCUCCCACGGCCGACCAGGCGCUCUCUGCGCCUAUCCAUCAAGUGUCUCUCCUGGAAAAGUUGGAUGUUUUCCCGGGGCUUCUGUCGCUCGUCGGGACAGCCGUAUAUACAGCGGUGGCUGCCCCUUUCCGUGGUGAUUCAGGAGCUCAUACGUACAAGCAGCAUAUCAGUUAUGCCGUCGUGCGAAAGAUGAUGAAAAGGUUCAGCACGCUUCAAUUACAAUAUAUAGGCGCCCCGUUCUCAACGAUCUACGAGAAGUGGUGUAAAGAUGCUGGCGUUACACCGGAAUUUGUAACUUUGAAGUCGGGAUGCAAAGCAUUCUGGGUGGGCGACCCGAGCACUGCCAACUAUGUCUGUGUAUAUUAUCACGGAGGAGGUUUCUCCCUCGAUGGUGAUGACACCCAUAUUAAGUUCUGGCACGGUGUCCAGAACGAUCUCAAGGCCAACAACGUCUCAAUCGCAUUCUUGUUCCUUGAAUACUCUCUCGUACCGCACGCCACUUAUCCGAAGCCAAUCUACGAAGCCAUCGAAGCAGUCAAAUACGUCAUGGAAGAUCUGAAGCGACCAGCAUCGGAAAUCAUGCUCGCUGGCGACUCCGCUGGCGGGAACAUGUGCCUCGGAGUUUUGUCGCAAAUCAUGCACCCAUAUUCCGAGUUCCCCGAGCUCAAAUUGGCUGAUGGAGAGAAGCUCAAAGGUAUUAUGGCCGUGGCCCCAUGGACGAGCUUCAACCUAGACUGGGAGAGCGAGAAAAGGAACCGCCACAGGGACAUUGUCACCACCCAUGCUGGCGGAAAGUGGUCGGGUGAUUACCUUGCGGGACAGCCAACGACACCCUUCGCAGAGCCGCUCACCGCUCCAGCGGAGUGGUGGAAAGAUGCCAAGGUUGAGCAUUUUCUGGUUGUAUCCGGAGGGAAUGAGAUCCUCCAUGACUCGAUUGGUGCAUGGGUGGAAAAGUAUAAGUCCGUCAAUCCAGACUCCAUCACUCAUGUGGUUGGGCAGAAUGAGGCACAUAUUGCCCCCAUCAUCCACUUGCGGUUUAAUGACACUGCUGAAACCGAGCAAGGACAGGCCAUCAAGUCGUGGCUCAAAGCAAAACUUUGA